CGCCGGAAGUCGUUUUCUCCUCCAGGGCGGGAAGAUUCUUCUGCUGUUACACAUGUCAACAAGCGGACUAUACCUAGCGCUGAGACAUCCAGUUAACAGAAGAAGCAUCACUGUAACGUUUUGACACGCAGUGAGGCCUGCGGUGGGACACUGAGGUCAGAGCUCGUCUUAACGGCAGUAUAACACUUAGGAGAAAUCAUGCAGGCCUUUUUGAAAGGAGCGACUGUUCAGACUGCGAGACCUCAGAAAGACAAGGCAGCAGCAGGGCCCAGCACAGAGAAGAAAACCAAGGCUAUUCCAUGGGUGGAGAAAUAUAGGCCAAAGUGCGUUGAUGAGGUGGCCUUUCAGGAGGAGGUGGUGGCAGUUCUGAAGAAGUCUCUGGAAGGAGCAGAUCUUCCCAACUUGCUGUUUUACGGCCCUCCUGGAACAGGAAAGACGUCCACCAUCUUAGCUGCUGCCAGAGAGCUUUAUGGUCCAGAACUGUACAGACAGAGGGUGCUGGAGCUCAAUGCCUCCGAUGAACGAGGCAUCCAGGUCGUCCGAGAGAAGGUCAAGAGCUUUGCUCAGCUCACUGUGGCCGGGACUCGCUCAGAUGGGAAGUCGUGUCCUCCUUUUAAGAUCAUCAUCCUGGAUGAAGCAGACUCCAUGACCCCACCGGCACAGGCUGCUCUCAGACGGACCAUGGAGAAGGAGUCCCGCACCACCCGCUUCUGCCUCAUCUGUAACUACAUCAGCAGGAUUAUUGAGCCUCUCACCUCCAGAUGUUCCAAGUUUCGCUUCAAACCUCUAGCCAAUCAGAUCCAAGAAGAGCGCCUGCUGGAGAUCUGUGAGAAGGAGAACCUUAAGUAUACCAAAGAGAGUAUAACAGCGUUGGUGAGGGUGUCGGAUGGAGACCUGCGGAAAGCCAUUACCUUCCUUCAGAGUGCUGCACGCCUCAGUGUUGACAAGGAGAUCACAGAGAACGCCAUCACUGAAAUAGCAGGGGUGGUCCCUUCCAAGAUGAUUGACAACUUGCUCCAGAUCUGCUUCAGAGGAACAUUUGAGAAACUAGAGGUGGCAGUCAAGAACCUGGUGGAUGAGGGCUAUGCAGCCACACAGAUCCUGAGUCAGCUCCAUGAGUCUAUCAUAGAGCAGGACCUGAGUGACAAGCAGAAGUCAGCCAUCACUGAGAAGAUGGCGGUUGUUAGUAAGUGCCUGUCAGACGGUGCAGAUGAGUACCUGCAGAUGUUGAGUCUGUGUUCAGUCAUCAUGCAGCAGGCUUCACAGAACAACUAGAACUCCACGAAGCAGCACCUCCUCCCCGGAAGAAUGCUGUCAUCUGCUUCCAGCAGCACCAAGGUCCUCACUGACUCAUCAGGACUUUAAUCAGAUUGUUGUCAGAGUUACAGUUUGGGAUGCCCACUAGAUGAUAGUGUUCCUCUCUGUGUUUAAACAGAAACCGUCUCCCUCCAUUCUGGGAUGAGCCCUUCAGUAAAUAGGACACAACCAUAUGAGCAUUCUUUCAAAAUUUGUAAAAUUACCUAUCAGAUGUCUCUUUAUUCCCUUCCAUUCAUCUAACUACUUGCCAAGAAGAGCAUUGUACAGUUUUUGCUUUUUGGGAAGUAAUAAAUGUUUUUGUAUCUUUUCCA